AUUGUGCCGUGCUUUCUGCAGCACAAGGUGGCAAUGGUUCCCCGGGCGCGAUCGGCCACGGCGACGCGCGCACCGUCGCUCUCGACCCAUCGGUUGCUAGCCGCCCGACGCCAGGCAAGGAUUCUGCUCGGCGCGGUAGCGUUGUGCCUGGCCGCGCGGGUGUGGCUCGCGCCCGCCGCCUUCGCGUCCCCGCCCCAGGCACGACGCGCGGCUCUCGGCGCCGCUGCCUCGGCCGCACUGCUCGGCGUGGGGGCUGGCGACGUGAGAGCUUUCGACGCUUGCCGGGACGGCGCCAACAACUGCUUCUCCACGCUCAACAAGGGCGGCAACAAGGUGGCCCCGUGGAAGUGGCCGGCGGGGCAGAGCAAGGCCGACGCCGUGUCGUCGCUCACGGAGGUGCUGAAGGCGUACCCGCAGGCAGGCCAGGCCGACGUCGACAAGGGGGGCUGGAAGAUAGUGGUGGACGAGCUGUCGAGCAAGGGCUACGCAAGGGUCGAGUAUACGUCUGGCAAGGGGAACCUCGCCAUGUUUUUCAACUUCGGCCAACCGUUCGUGGACGACCUGGAGGUCAGCUUCGGGGACGACUCUGUCAGCGUGAAGAGCUCAUCCCGCGUGGGCGACAGCGACUUCGGGGUCAACGCGAAGAGGCUCAACUUCAUCGCCUCUGGCCUCCGCGCCAAGGGCUGGGAUGCGCCUGGCGUCGACGCCUGA